UAUAAAAGGUCUCCUUUAGCUGAGAUCUUCCAACAGCUUCCUUUGGCUUCAUCUCCUUCACUUCACUUCUACUCCUCUGAGACUUUGACUCACCUCCAUCCAACAAUGGUUGACUGUGGUCCAUCCUGUGCUGUCCCAUCCUGGGCCUCCACCCCCACUGUUGGGUUUGGAUCAGCAGGAGGUCUUGGCUAUGGUGGUCUCGGCUCUGGAUUUGGAGGUCUCGGCUCUGGAUUGGGAGGUCUCGGCUAUGGAUGGGGAGGUCAGGGCUUCGGAUUUGGAGGCCUGGGCUAUGGAUAUGGAGGUGCUGAAAGAGCAAGCAAUCUUGGCAUCCUAGAUGGGAUCAUCCCUAAACCCGUCAACCAGAUCCCACCAGCAGAAGUCGUGAUCCAGCCACCUGCCUCCGUUGUGACCAUCCCAGGGCCCAUCCUCUCUGCCAGCUGUGAGCCUGUGGCUGUGGGAGGCAACACUCCAUGUGCUGUUGGUGGCUCUGGGGUAGUAGGAGGCUAUGGAUUUGGGGGCUUGGGCUAUGGGUCAGGCCUCCUUGGAAGCUCUGGGGGCUGGGGCUAUGGUUUGGGCUCUGGGAGGAGGGCACUCCUUGGAAGGAAGUUUGGGCGUCGUGGUAGCAUCUGUGCAUAGGCCAAUUAAACCCGAGAAGUAUAUCCUGAACUGAUAUCCACGGAGCUUGACACAGCUGUAUUGGCCAUGGUUCAGAAGAGCUGGAUUCAAGCAAUCACUCCUGGAAUUCAUCCUCCAUUCUUUGCUUUAGAGUCCAGAAGAAAAAGAUCCUUCUACACCGAUUGUCUUCUUUGCCCCUUUUAAAAUGUCAAUGCUUUUUCUUUGACCUUUUCAAUAAAGCUUGU